CAUAUCGCUUCGUGUCAUUCGACUGGGAGCGACAAGAAAUUCGGAAAUUUCAACGAUGUGGUUUGCGCAAUCUGAGGAGCCACUUCACGUGGACAUCAGGCAUAGGCGACCUGACCACAGGAUUAAACUCUACAUAAUGGCGGCAUCUUUUUGCAUCACUGUGCUCGUCUUGUUCAGCAUUCCGGUAGCCAUCAAGAGGCGCAUCUCGUUGAGGAAAGCGCUCCAGGAUAAGACAACAACCAACGGAAAUCUGUCUGUCGUCUCAACGGACGAGACAAAUUCUACGAAGACCGGCGACAGAUACUGCGACACCGAAGACUGUCGGUACUUCCAUUGGCUUGUGGACGCUUCCGUGGACAGCACCAAAGAUCCUUGCAAAAAUUUUCACGCUUUCGUCUGCGCCGGAAUAGAGGAGAAGUUCCCCGAAAUGUUCGCAAAGACCCGUGGGGGAAUGAUCGACGUUGCCUCCAGGAACUUAACGAACGCUUUUUACGAGCAUCUUUCCACUACACGGGUCCCGCCGGAGAACCAAGAUGCGUUCCAGAAGGCAGCUGCUGUUUUCCAGAAUUGUUUGAAAGUCAAGGAGGAACCAACCAAGAACAAGAGAGAGAUACUGAACUUUUUGAAACAAUACGGAUUGUCAUUCACGGAUGCAAUGAGAUUUGAUCCACUCGAUAUCAUGAUUCGAUUUAUAGCGACAAUCGACAUCCCUAUACUCUUCAGGAUACAACCUACACCGACUCGGCACAACUCGCGGGUCCUGAUUGAAAUGAGUGUCGUACCAGACUUUACUUCGGAAAAAUAUAAUCGAUUACGAAGAAUGCUGCAGGGUCACUAUAAUAAAUUUGUCGCAGAAGUAUUAUCGACCAUAUUUUCGAUUAAAGGAGACAAAGCACUUAUCGAUGCCAUCGUGAAGGCAGAGCUCAAGGUGAUCAACGCGUCCAAUUCAAGGACCCUUGGAGAGGCCACUGACAUCAUGACGCCCCUGGAAUAUUUUGGGUUCUUGCAGAAAAACAUAUUGUUCGGUCGUAGGUGGAAGGACACACUGGCAGCCCAUACGAAUAAUAGUCUUCCUGGACACUACAUGUUAUCAAUCAAGGCGCUUGAUAUGGAACUUUUUCAUUUCUUGUUCGAUAAUAGCAGCGGGUUCCCUGAGAGCGACCUGAAGGUAUUCAUGGCGUGGAAGACAACCCUCUAUCUCUUCAGUGGUUCUGGCUUGGAGACGUCUUCUAACGAAUGGUGCUUCGACACCGUCUCGGCAGUCUUUCCAACUGCUGUUGUGUCUGAAGUACUCUCUAGAGCUGUUAAUGAGUCCAGAAUGGGAUACGUGAAGAACAUGACUGAAAUGAUCAGCCAUGAACUCGAAAAGCUUCUCGCGGUGCCUACAUGGUUGGAUGAUGAAUCUCGCAAUGCUUCGUUGAGGAAGCUGUCAUUAAUGAAGAGACGCAUCGGGCACGGCACAGGCUUCACGGUGAAAUCAAGUCAGGAAUCCGGGAAUGUGUACCCGGAUUUUACGGGACCCUAUGUGGUGGAUUUCAUAAAUAUAAGGAAAAAAGCCGCGGAACUCCGACUGCGCAACCUCCGUAUGGGCCUAGUCAAGAACAAUGAAACCUCCCCGCCGAUUCACGCUGGCAACGCUGUUUACGACAUAGGUAGCAAUGCAGUUUUCGUUCCGGCGGGCGCCAUGGUUAGGCCCCUCUUCUCGUACGGUGCGCCGCCUCAGGUGAACAUGGGAACGCUCGGAAGAUUAUACGCGCACGAGAUCAUGCGAGGGUACGACGCUGUUGGAAGGAGGUUCGAUGGCUCUGGAAAACCCGCUCGCCUGUGGACGAAAAAGAGCGAGGACGCGUAUCGGGAACGUCUGACUUGCUUCAAUGAAACCACUGCACUGCGCGGCAGGAAUGCCCAUUACGCUCACGAAGUCCUCCUCGACGUAUUGGGUCAAAAAUCUGUCUUGAACGCGUACAGGAGGGCCUCUGAAAGUACCAAGGUCUCAAUGAGGCCUGUUAAGGGGGUAACUAGGGACCAGCUCUUCUAUGCGUCGUGGUGUAUGCUCUGGUGUGGUCAGAGAGCCUCUGGUUCCCAUCUACAAGAGAGGUGCAAUAUGCCGCUCAUGCAUUCUCCCCAUUUCAGUGAGACGUUUCAUUGCUCUUCGGAAGCUCCGAUGAACCCGCAAAAGAAGUGUCUCUUCUGGUAAGGCGAUAUGGCCAAAAUAAAAGCGUAACACUUGA